UAGUGUAAAAUCUUGUUAAUAUUUGGAUGAUUUAGAGAGCUCUGCAUGUGAUUUGCACUCAUGUGCAGUAAAAGUGUAAUCACACUGGCAGAGUGGAAACAGUACGAAUGCAAGGAAUGAAAGUCUGAGCAAAACAAGAAAAGAUUGACUAACAGAUGGAGGGAUUAAAAAAUGAGGAGAUUUGUGAAGGCAUGUAGAGAAAAUGAGUGAAAGCCUGAUAAGUGUGAGAGGCUAAAAACAUGUAGCUUGCUUCCCUGCAUGGCUAAAGGCCAUUUUUUGCUCUGCUCUUCCCAGAAAAUAGGAAACGGAGACAAAGGGUGGACUGGGAAGGGAACUAAGGGAACUAAAUUCAUUCCCAAUUGUUCAUUGUGUACUUGUUUCUGGAGAUGAACCAAAUGUGAGUAUGUUGGAGCACAUGCCUCGCCGCUCCCGUUCUCUUCUCUGCCUCUCUUUGACCUCUCUUGCGCUGGUUUUAUCUAUACUGGCCUUUUGCACCUCCUACUGGUGUGAGGGAACACAGAAAGUAGUGAAACCGCUCUGCCUCUCACCGGUUAAAUUGGAGAAAUGCAGCCAGAACAACAGCCAGCGUUUUGCAGUGGGCGCAGUGCAACCAGAGCUUCCUUCUAAUGGAACAGUAUCACAAAACCAUUCGGAAGUGCUAACUAAGACCCAACAGACACAGCUGGCUAAUGCUGUGCAGUACAUUUGGGAAACAGGAGAGGAUAAAUACAUGUUUCGCUACUUCCACGCAGGAUUCUGGAAAUCUUGUGAGAAACAUGCUGAUGGGGAGCGAUGUCGCAGGUUUUUAGAUCUGACUCCUGAAGAUACACAUGGUGUUCUCUGGUUGUCUAUGAUAUCUGAGUUCAUAUACAUCGGUCUGUUGGGGACAGGCUUUCUGUUGAUGUGGUUGGAGGUUCUUUGUUUGAAUAAAGAAAUGCAUGCACUCAAAAUCAACGCAUUUGCAGCCUUAUGCACUGUGCUUUCAGGCCUAACUGGGAUGAUGGCCCACAUGAUGUACACCACAGUUUUCCAGGUGACUGUAAUUAUAGGACCCAAAGCCUGGAGACCUCAGACCUGGGACUAUGGCUGGUCUUUUGCCAUGGCCUGGGUGUCUUUUAGCUGCUGUAUGGGUGCUGCUGUACUCACCUUCAACUCCUACACCAAGACUAUCAUUGAGAUUCACCGUCGAAAGAGACUACACCUGGAGGAAACAUGCGCAGCUCCUUCCUAUGAGGAGGUGGUUUCAGGAGGUGGAAUCUACUCUGUCAGUGGCCUACAGCAGCCUUUUGUUGUGAUUGAUAGUGUGUGGCUAGAGCAUGAGAGUAUGGAAAUGAAGGCAGAAGUAGUGCUGAUAGAAGGAUGCAAACCUGAGGAGUGUGAGGACUGCGAGAGGGAGAUGGAUUACAUGGAAGAGGCCAUAGACAGUGAGGGAACAGACUCACAGUGCUAUUGAAACUUAAGUGAAAUUCUAAUGCUGAGGGUCUCUGUAUGCAGAAGGCUUGAUAAAUGGAAUGAUGUUUGAGUCUGGACACAGAGUUCCCUUUUAAAUGAAAUGUGAUUAGAUAUUGAGUGGAUUAAACUCGGAUGGGAUAAAAGCAAAAAGCAUUAAUUUCAGAAUGUAUUUGCUGUUAUUUUUCUAGAACUGCUCUUGAUCUGUAGUAGACAUAUUCCCAUGUGUUCAUUUUUUACAUGUGGGGUGCGUGGUGUGAUUUUCCACAGCUGAAUGAUUUUCUUUGCACAUGUGAUUACAUUAUUACAUAAACCAUUCAUAUGUGUUUAUGUGAUAAUCUAUCACAUAUUUCCACAUUUAAUCACAAAUUACUCAGACAAUCAAAUGUGGAAACAUGAUCACAGAGAGUUCUCUGGUAUGA